GUUACAAGUCAACGACAAUGCUUCGAUGCCUUCGCCCAUGCAACGUUCUUCUGCAAACCAACCUCGCACUCAACGUAAGCGGCACUCAAGGAUGUCCCUCGGCUUCGCCAUGUCGCUUGAGUGGUUGAGAGACUAUGCCAAGGAGCACAACAUGGUGCGUCGGUCGGACGUCGCCGCGCUCGACGAGAUCAGACGAAAGUUUGGCAAAGAAGUCCUCUUCGUUCAUUGGGUCAAGGAUGACUCUCCACGAGGUUGGCUUGUCUUCCUCGCCGUCGCCACCAACACCCGUCCUGAGUAUAUCGCGAUGGCCACCCCAGAGAGGAUUGCCGCUCUCAAAGCCGCGCUAGGAAGGGAUGAUGAGCCUGAAUGGAAGCCUUGCUUUGUUCUAUAGAGAUAUCUACUGUAUAGUGACACGGCUUCGCAUGUUACUGAUGCUCAUGUUUCGAGCUUCAGACGGCAGGAUUUGUAGAAAACUACUACUAUCGCUUCGAGAUGCGUAUGCGCUCCCCUUGGAUUCACUGAUUAACCGAACUUGUACUAUUAUGUUCAAUUGUUAGCACGAUGAACUGCUCGAGAAAGAAGCUCUACUCGGCUGCCG